UUUUACUGUAUGAAGCGACCGCCGGAGACGAAUAAAAAAUCCGCAUAUCAUAAAAUUCCUUGACGAUCAUGACCUCCCAAUCCUAGGAACCCAGUGGGAAUCGUCCCGUCUCCCAUCUAAAAUCCUCUCCAUAUGCUCUAAACGCAGGGAUGGUGAUUUUCUCAUAUCCCGAUGGCUCGAAACCCGAAUCGAAGAUCCUGAUGCUGAACCGAGACCUGCUGUAUCGUACCAGACAAGGAGACAAAGCGGAGGAAGCGUCGGUGUUCAUAGCGGACGAAAAACCCGCGCAGUACGUCAUGUCGAAGCGCGGGAAUCCUUUGCUCGUUGUGGACAAUUAUCUCUAUCGUAAAAACGGCCAGACUGGGAAGAACGGUCAGCAGUAUUGGGUUUGCAUCUCUCCCCAAUGCAGCGUCCGAACCAAAACCCUGAACGAAAGGGUCAAUAGCGCUAUCGCUACCCACAGUCAUCCGCCCCAGCCUCAAUACGUUGAGCAGUUGCGAACCGCGGGCGCUCUGAAAAUGGCGAGCAUCUCGCGAGGGAAUGAGAUCAGCGGCACUUGGGAAGAUGUUCUGGUGUCCAAUCUGUCGGAAGAUUUGGUGACCGCUGAGCUUUCGGAGUCGAGGAGCAACCGGACGAGAUUGACACGAAGUCUAGCGAAACUCAGCAGCGAGGAUGACGAUGAGAUGGGAGACGUUUCGUAACAAAAGAACUUACGAACCCGAAAUCCCCCGAGGAAUGCUGAAUCCCAUCGGAAGGGAAUAUUGAAUACGUCCCGGUGGCCCGACCACCAAACACCGUGAGGAAUCCACGUACAAAUGGUUUCGGCGCCUAUGUUGAAGAGAUAUGUAAAUGUUUAUGACCCGGUAGUAGAAAUCUCCCUCCUCGGUGAAACCUGGGUCCCAGAUUCCGGCCCUCGAUGGAGGAGGGGAUCUCUCGGGGAGACGAGUUGUUUUCCCCAAUGUUAUCUUGUUACAUUUGAUCGACUUAGAUAAGUGCCCGAAUGGAAGCGGAUCGUGGCGUAAUCCGCUCCGGGGCAUCAAUCAAGCAUGGGUGAUCUCCUCAUGUACGCAUGUUGAAGCUCCGGGAGGAGCUGGUACGAUCUCCGGUCCCCUGGAUUGGAGAAUAAGACACCAGAUAUGCGGGUAUUGCGGUUGGGAGUGUGUCAGAGUCCACAUGAACUCCUAGAUAUUCGAAUCGUCACCGUCAGAACACACAGAACUAAAGAUCUCGUCGAGCUCCUCCGU